AUGUUGCGCGUUGCAAUUUUUUUGUGUUUAAUAGCCGGUGCUAUUGCUCUGGAAUUACAAAUCGGUCCCUGCCCUAUAAUACCUAAGCAGUACGUCGAUCUUACUAAAAAAGUAAAACACUUUGCGACAGGCGGCAGAUGGUAUAUGAAUCAACACAGCAGCAACAUUGCUGAUAAUUCAUCCAAAUGUCAGACGCUUUACAUCAACCCGCCUGAAUACGGA